AUGAUGCUGCCUUAAACUGGGUGAUGCGCACAACUGGAAAGAAGUGGAAGCAAUUUAAAGCAUCCAUAAAGCAACGAUACUUCAAUCCUGAAUUGUCUAUAAAAGAAAUUCCAGAAUGUCUUGAUAAGAGGGUUAAUGAUGAUGAUUGGCACUCUAUGUACAACUAUUGGAUGUCUUCUGAAUUUCGGGUAAGCUCUACACUUUAGUUCUAAUAAAGCAACCAUACUUCAAUCCUGUAACACAUAUUUUUUAUUCUAUUUUUAGGAUCGCUCAGAAAAAGCUAAAAUAAAUCGACAAAAGCUAAAGAUGCACCAUACAGUCGGCAGUGUGAGCUAUGCAUGUUCAGAAUAUGAUUUGGCUGUGAAACUAGGACGUCCUCCACGAAGAGAUGAAAACUUUAUCCAAACCCAUACAAGAAAAAAUGGAGUUCCUACAGAACAGGCAAAACCAAUAAUUGACCAACUUAAUGAUGUUCUUGGAGUAUAUCCAGAGUUAAAGGACCGGCCAAUUCAAGAGGGUGAUGCAUUCUCUGUUGUUUGUGGAGCAAAAGAGCCAAAAGGAUAUGUUCGUGUUUUGGGUUUAGGCCCUACUCCUCAAGAUAUUGGCACUCCAGAGUUGAAGUCUUAUACUACAACAAGACUACAAAUGGAGAUUCUUGCUCGUACAAAGGUUCAAAGUGAGAAGGCUGCUUUAGAACAGCGUGUACUUGAGCUACAGACUCAAAUUGCCAGACCGGGCAAGUGA